AUGACCCAAACCCCUCAACAACGCCGCGCGAACGAACGGUUUGCCAAGAACGAGGCCGCCAAGCGCGGGAAAGGGCCAUCUGUCUCCAAGCCUAAACAACAGACCAAGUCACCUGUUUCCACUAGCUGGGUUGUGAUCCUGGCCUUUGUUGUCUGCGGAGGUCUGAUCUUGGAGCUCUUCAGGAUCGUCCCAGAGAUCUGGAAUACCGUGGCCUCGAUGCUCUCCCGACUCACUGGGUAG